AUGGCCUCAACUUUGCUGGAAAAUGUUCUCCUUUCCCUCCUAGUUGUCUUUGCUGCCUUUUGGGUUGCAAAAGCAAGUGAUCCAAACAUCCUAUCUGACUUUGUAGUCCCACCAAAUUCUACAAACAUUGAUCGAAAUUACUUCACUUUCAUUGGACUUCGUGGAGUACUAUUCAACAACAAUACCCUACCAAACUUCAAAGUGACAAAAGCUAACAUGGCAGAGUUCCCAGCUUUGAAUGGCCAAAGCGUCUCCUUUGCCAUUCUCAAAUACCCUGCUGGUGGUCUUAACCCGCCUCACACCCACCCUCACUCUGCAGAACUUCUGUUUCUUGUGGAAGGAAGUCUUGAGGUUGGUUUCAUAGAUACUACCAACAAGCUUUACAAUAAGACACUCCAAGUUGGGGACAUGUUCAUAUUUCCCAAGGGACUUGUGCACUUCCAAUACAAUGCAGAUGGCAAUGCAACUGCCACAGCAAUAUCUGCUUUCGGUAGUGCAAAUGCUGGAACUAUUUUAAUCCCUACUAAUGUUUUCACCACUGGCAUUGAUGAUACAAUCCUUGCAAAGGCUUUCAAGACUGAUGUUGCUACCAUUCAGAAUAUCAAGUCCGGUCUUGCACCCAAGGCUUAG